GUGUGUUCUUGUGUUGUUCUGUUUUUCAGGGACAGAGCUAUAGCUACUGAAAGGAUGGGGCCCCUGGAAGCAAUGGGUGAAGAAAACCAGACAGAUGAAAUGAAGAUGGAGUUGUUCACCAAGCUGUACUUGCCAAGAUACACCACACCACUCAAUGAACUGGCUCUUGACCCCAAACCAGAAUUGAAGGACAGCACAACGCUAGUUGAGGUGCAGAUAAUCCUCAUCUUUGCUUACUGUUCCAUCAUUCUGUUGGGGGUGAUCGGGAACUCUCUUGUGAUCCACGUGAUCAUCAAGUUCAAAAGCAUGCGCACGGUGACCAACUUCUUCAUCGCCAACCUGGCCGUGGCUGAUCUACUGGUGAAUACGUUGUGCUUGCCUUUCACUCUAGUUUACACACUAUUGGGCGAGUGGAAACUGGGCCCAGUCUUGUGCCACUUAGUGCCUUAUGCCCAAGCUCUUGCUGUGCAUGUGUCUACAGUUACAUUGACUGUGAUUGCCUUGGAUCGACAUCGCUGUAUUGUCUAUCAUUUGGAAAGCAAAAUCUCUAAGCGUAUCAGCUUCCUGAUCAUAGGAGUUGCAUGGGCAGUCAGUGCCCUGUUGGCAAGCCCUCUGGCCAUCUUCCGCGAGUACUCGCUGAUUGAGAUCAUUCCUGACUUCAAGAUUGUGGUCUGCUCUGAGAAGUGGCCAGGGGAGGGGCAGCUUAACUACGGCACCAUCUACAGUGUCUCCAUGCUCCUGAUCCAGUACGUGCUGCCUCUGGCCGUCAUCUCCUACGCCUACACCCGCAUUUGGACCAAGCUCAAGAACCAUGUUAGUCCUGGGGCAGCGAACGACCACUACCACCACCGGCGUCAGAAAACCACCAAGAUGCUGGUUUGCGUGGUUGUUGUGUUCGCUGUCAGUUGGCUGCCGUUCCAUGCCUUCCAGCUAGUCAGCGAUAUUGACAGUCAGGUGUUGGACCUGAAAGAGUAUAAACUGAUCUACACGGUGUUUCAUGUCAUUGCCAUGUGCUCGACAUUUGCUAACCCCCUUCUCUAUGGCUGGAUGAAUAACAACUACAGGACGGCCUUCCUCACAGCUUUUCAGUGCGAGCAGCGGCUAGACUCCAUCCACCCUGAAGUGUCAGCAGCUUUCAAAGCCAGGAAGAAACUGGAAGCAAAGAAGAGUCAGUUCCCUGGAGACUCUUUCACACAACCUACCAAUGUCUAAGAUUUCUGACUUUAAAGAAGAAAUGCACAUGUUGUGGACAAAGGAAUAAAUCCAUUCUGACACAUGCAUUUUUAAUGCACAGUUUUACUCAUAAAAGGUGAAAGAAAAGUGGCAGGCAAGUCAAGGCAGGUGAUACGAUUUGAGGGGAGUAGGUUGGCACCACGAGGAUGUGACUACACAACUCCAAGAAAAUAAGAGAGAUAUUUUGUUUGUGGCUGUCUAUAACAUGGUAAGAGACAACCCCAUCCCUCCCAUCCCUACUUGACAAGUCUAAAUGACAAAGACAGGGUUUGCUGCUUUGGCUAUAGGAAGGUAAAUGGCUGUUUUGUAGCACAGGAAUACUGCUGAUGGCAGCAGGCAACUUGUAUACUGCAUGUAGAGACCGGGGAGAAUACAAGUCUCCUGGAAGAAUGAAUCCUGUCUGGGGAAAAUGGGCUGUGCUGGUUAAAGCUCAAACUUUUCAGCCACUUUUUCCCCCACAGGGACCUUUUGUGGAGAUAAGGAAAACAGAGAGAUACGGUACUGUUUCUGACUCGCACUGAAGCACUUCCAACCAGAAUAUUCUGAACAGAUUAGGGGAAAGAAAAAGAGAAAAGGAAAAAAUACCAAAUUUGGUAUGGAGAAAGGUAAAGGUAGAUUUGGGUCAAUCAAAUGGGACAAAACUCAUCCCUUAUGAAUUGGCUAUGCUUAUGUUGGUGAGAAAAAUUGCAAGUCUGGGACCUCAUCACUAAUUCUCUGCAGAUCCCUACCUUUAAUUCCACAUUUGGGAGAGCUCAUAAACACAGAGCUUUUAAGUGGCAUUUGAGGGAGGAGUUGCAGGCUCAGGUCUUUUAUGAGCACUUCAUAAACUGCCAAUAUUUUAAUUUUCAAGACCUGCUUAAAUGUCUGACGUGUUAUUAACUCCACAGGCUUUGAAUUGUUGCUGCUUUUUCCCUGUGUAAUAAAACAGCAGAUAAUUUUGAUCUUCUGGAAAGGCUGCUAGAUGGCAAUGUACUUUUUCUUAUUGUGGUUUUAUGUCACACACUCAUCUCAUCUUGGAGCUUUUUCCAUCUUUAGCUUCAGUAAAAAUUAAGAGCAUCUGAAUGAGUGUAACCUAAUAACAGUAUGCUACGUUUAUGCGAUAACUUAUCAGUUAUUCUGCAUGCUGUAGUUAAUAGUUAAAUUCCUUUUUUUGCUCAGGUAUAAAAUUUUAAUCUGUUUACUGUGCUGUACACAGCGAUGUUCAACUCUUCAGUGUCUUUGUUUAGCCUCUUUGAACUCAUUAAAAAGACGAAGAAAAUUUCUACCCGUGUUUAUUCCAAGCUGCCCUGCUGCUUAUCAAGAAUAAAAAUAAGCGUGAUAGUUUCACUUUGAGUCUCUUUCCACAGCUAUAUUUCAGCUGCCUCUUUUUUUUCCUUUUUUAUUUCCCCCCCCAAUUUUUCUGUGUUCCUAGAUUUGCUGUGUUCUCUCUUAGAAAUUGAAAAACAUCAGAACUCCAGUACUGAAGUGUUAGCACUGUAGCAGCAUCAGAUAUUUAUCAAGUGGAGAAAUUCAGCUUUACAUAAGCAAUAUCUUGCCACCAUUCUUUAAAAAUCCAUGAAAUCAUUUGGACUUGGCUUUUUCAUGAACAGAGGAGGGAGGUCUAGCGAAUUAGCUGCUAUUUACACCAGGAAGAAAAAGUAUCCAUCAUUAUUAACCAGUUGUACAAACAUAGAUUAAUUCUCAAACAUGCUUUCAUGAUAUUGUCCACAAGUUGUUUUUGUCUAAGUAUUAAUGAAAUCCAAAAUGUAAGCUUGAAACAUUUAUUGGAGUGGAAGGAUUAAGAAGUGUGCAAUUAUUAUGGACAUCAAUCACAUGUAUCAGUUGAUUCUGAACGCUUCAUCAAAAAUGUAUUCUUUCCACAAAUAGCAUCCUGUAUUUAAAAAGCAAAUACUCUUCCCUCACCUCAGGUUAAAAGUUGUUUCAACUCUUUUAUGCCUGUUUGAUAUAAGAGUUCUGAAGUAACCAUGACAGUGUUUGCUGAAGUUAAAGUUGCUGGGCUAAUUCUCAAAAAUUUUAAGGCUGCUUUACAUCACCCUGGAUGAACGUGAUUAAUUAGAAAUUACCUUUCAAUCUAUUUUAUGGCAUCAUUAUGAGUUUCCCUGCAGCCAUUGUGUUGUGACAAAGUUGAUGCACUAAUUUCUCACAUUGCUUUCCACUUGGUGCACUAAUUUCUCACGUGCUUUCCCUGUGGAGAAAAGCACUGUACUGAUGCCUGCUGUUGGGUGACAGACCUCCACACACUAUUCCACCAUGUGCUGUGGACUCCACAUCUGCCGCAGUGGGGUUCACUGUAGAAUCCCCCUGUGUGGUAGGAACAUUAGAGAUUUUCUCACCAAAAGCAAUCAGGUAGCAACAUCCCUCAGAGAUCCCCCAAAUCUCAGAAGGAUGUGGAGAACCAGGGUUAGUCCUCAUUUCCCUCUAAGGGAAAAGAAAUCUAUAGGUAAGCAGUAAGCACGAGAUUGAGGGGUCUGCAGAGAAUCCCCUGUUUUUCCUGAAGUGCUUUGCUUGAAAUAAGAAUCCAGACCUCCCCGUUCACAUAAUAGUGCUUUAACUAAUUUUUAAAAAGCACUAUCUCCUUUUCCCACUGAAUAAGUACAAUUUUUAUACAAAGCCAAGCAAUGCUAGCAGCAGUACUCAUUUAAGAAUUUGCAAGGAGGAGAUGGGACACCUAAAAUGAAAUGUCAUCUCUGAUCAGAGCUAGAAUUUGAACUGACAUGCCUCAGUUCUCAAGAGAGUGAUGUAGCCACCGCACUGCAGCCUCUCCUGAGGUAGUAGCAUAUAUCUUCUUAGAGCUGUCUUAUUGUAUACAAAGCAAUUCAACAUCUAAUAUGAUUUUAUAGGUGAGUGGUUAUGAAGUUUGUAUGGGUUACAAGCUAAGGAUAUGAAAACAUAGACAGUAUUUAUGUUAGACCCCAAUCUGUUCUUCAUGAAUACCUCUACCAUAAGACACUGCAUUGCAGGCAGGAGGACAGCAAGGCAAGCAGCACCAUCCUAUCCUCUGGGUAGGUCUUACUUGAGGCUCUCCUUUGGGGUUGGCUUAUAGAAGGGAGACCUACUAACCACAUAGAUCUCAUCCAGUGUUAUCUAGGAUCUUAGUUACUCAGCACUGUGCUUUAGGUCUCCAUGAGAAUGAGCAUCUCCACAUAGCUUAGCCACAGCCGAAUGAGAAGGCACCUCAACAGGAAUUUCAGAAGAAUUAAGUUUAGGUAUACAAGCAAUUGAACAGAAGGGCUGGGCUUGCACAACAAAUGGGUUUGUAUACACGUUUCAGUAUAUAAACUGUACAACAGUGCCAUGCAAAUGGGCUUUUGUGGGGAAUAAUUGGCAGCUGCCCCACAGUUGGUAUAAUUGUAUCUUGGAUAUAAUGUAUAAUAGACAUCCACUGCCAAAAUGUUAAUAACGCUAACAUUAAUAACCAAAUAAAAACUAUUAUCUGCA